GACAACGAGAAUACAGUUACGCCGGAAACAGUCCAGGACAGGAAGAAUGCAGUUUCAACCAACUGUCAGGUGCCCUCCAAAACAAGACAGGAGGAAGGAUGGCUGUUCUUGGGGUUUUCAUUGUUAUAAGUUUCUCGAGACGUUUCGUCGGUUGAUGCAGGGGCCGUCGGUGGGGUUCGAAAUUUUCUCAAGAAAAUGGUCGAACUCCACAACGGCACGGCUUCCUUGCAAUGGCAAAACCGGACGGAACAUUUACCUACUCUUUGCUUGCCGGGUCCGCUGAAUCUUUUCUCCAGAGGCAUUUGGUACGGAGAGAACCCAUUGGAUUUCGUUGGCCCUCUUUUCAUGUUCCAGGUCAUCGCCUCAUUUGUAUUCUCUCGGACGUUCUACUUUCUUCUGAGGCCCUUUGGAACGCCCAAAUGGGUCUGCAGCGUGUUGGGUGGAAUUGUCUUAGGACCAUCUGUGCUAGGGCGGUUCCCAAGAUUCAUGGAAACAUUUUAUCCCAAUAAAGUUAUUCUGCUGCUCAAUACGGUGUCCACAUUUUCUAUACUUUACUAUGUCUUCUUUCUUGCUGUGAAAAUGGACUUAGCUAAGAUCUUAAGAACAGCAAAGGAUGCUUGGAGUAUUGGUCCAUGCUCCUUCUUCUUUUCAUUUUUCUUCAUUUUGUGCGUCUAUUUCCUUCUACAAGAUUUCCUCCCUGUGCUUGGUGAUCGAGCUGCUCCUAUCAUAACAUUUGCCAUCAUGUCAGCAAACAGUUUAUCAGAUAUGAUCAAUGCCAUGAAUGAACUCAAAUUUUUAAACUCAGAGUUAGGUGAACUUGCUAUGUCUUCUGCAGCAUUCAAUGAGAUGAUCAUGUGGAUUAUUUUGGUGGUGACAAGUGACGGGAAACAAGAAGGUUCAUUUCACUCAUUUCAUUCUUUGGUCUUCUUUGGUGCCUUUGGACUUAUUGUAUUUUGUCUAGUGCGGCCAGCUUUACUAUGGGUAAUCAAGAAAACACCAGAGGGAAAACCAGUAGAUGAAGGUGUUAUUGUUGCACUUCUACUUGGGAGUGCAGUUGUGGGACUCAUCACUGACUCACAAGGCAUGGGCUUCCUUCCAGGGAUUCUACUUAUGGGGCUAAUUAUACCAAGUGGACCCCCUUUAGGUGCAACAUUAAUCGGGAAAUCAGAGCUCUUGGUCCAAGAGAUUUUUCUUCAUUUUGUCUUUCUUUCUGUUGGUCGUGUCACUGAUGUGUCUCAAAUACAUAAUUGGAAGGAAUUUGCUGCAAUGCUGUUGAUCAUUCUAGCAACAUCUUUUGGGAAGUUUUUGGCUGUUUUUAUGGGUUUAUUUCACUUUAAGAUGAGAUCUAGAAAUAUUCUCCUUCUUGGCCUAAUGUUGAAUAUGAAGGGCCCAAUCGAGCUUAUUUUUUUAACUAAACAGAUGGGAACUAAGUACAUUGACCCCCAGUUUUAUGUCAUGCUAGUAUUUUCCAGCUUGGUUAUGACUGGAAUUGGAGCCCAUUUAUUACUGAGCUUAUACAAGCCUCAUGUGAGACUUGAAGUUUAUCACUCUCUUAAACUGAGCAUGAGAUUGCUUCUAGUAACCCCAAAUGGUGGUGAAUUCCGAAUUCUUUCCUGUAUUCACAAUGAGGAUGAUGUCCAUGGAAUUAUUUCUCUUCUUGAAGCGGUUAACCCUACUGAAGGGAGCCCGCUAUGUGCCUAUGUUAUUCACAUUGUCGAGCUUGUUGGUCGAGUAGCACCACCUCUAGCUCCUUACAAAUAUCAAAGAAAGUUCAAGCACAAUAGCACAGACAGGAUUAUGCGUGCCUUCACAAAUUAUUCCAACGACUCCCCCAAAUCAAUCACAGUGUUGCCCUUCUCAUUGGCUGCCCCAUACAGUUCUAUGCAUGAAAGCAUCUGCCGGCUGGCUCACAGUGAAUUCAUUCCUCUCAUAUUAGUCCCCUAUUACAAAAGCCAAGUUCUAGGUACCACUGGAAGCAUUCACAGUUUUAACAACAACUUGCUAGCAUGUGCACCGUGCACCGUUGGGAUCUUGGUACAAAGGAAGAACUUCUCACACCGCCUUGGUUGCAGUGUGAGCUUCUCCCACUUCUCUUAUGAUAUUGCUGUGAUAUUCUUAGGAGGUGAUGAUGACCGUGAGGCCUUGACAUUAGCAGAUCGUAUGUCAGGUCAUCCUUGCGUGAGCAUUACUGUAUUAAGGAUCAUUUAUGCAGAAAAUGGAGAGAAAAAUGAACCAAAGUUGCAACAAGAUGAUAAGUUUUUCAAAGAGUUUAAGGAGAAGCAUGCAGGUAAUGCUUGCGUGGUAACUAAUGAAAUCGUUGCAGAGAAUAGUGUUGAAGUAAUCAACGCAUUCAAUUCUUUGGAUGGUUGUUAUGACCUUCUUCUCGUGGGAAGGAAGCCAGAGGUAAGUGAGAAAUUAGAAGAGGAAUUGGGGAAUUGGACUGAGUGUCCAGAGCUUGGUGUCAUCGGUGAUGUGGUUGCUUCACCGGAUUUUAGGGGAGAUGUUGUUUCCGUGCUUGUCUUGCAUCAUGCAGCACCUGGAGGUGGUGGAAAUGUAUCAGUUUAUAAUGGAUCCAUGUCUGCUGUAACACUUGGCGCACAAGGUUCUUAUUCAUUCCAAAACACUACAUCUACUGCAUAGCUCAACGAUAAAUCAAGGAUAGUUAUGGUUUAUAAGCAAGGGUUAGCACUUUAGGAAACUAAACUGUGUGCCCUAUGGGAGGCCCAAAGUAGACAAUACACAAUACCGCAUGGCGUGGACGCAGCCCAAUCCUUGGUGUUAGCACUGGUAAGGGAUAGUACUUUUUUCCAUGUAUCUAUAAAAAAUAAAAUAAAAUUCAGUUAAAUCCUUUUUUGGGAAAUUAGUAUGUGCAAAUUUCUUUGUCAAUUGAAAAGCGGAAGUGGUUAUAGCUGUGGAGCUACAUCGUCUGUUUCGAUCAUAAUUAGGUGGUUUAUUAAAUUUUGUUGUUGUAU